AACAGGUUGCGCAGUUUUUAUGAAAAACACACAUUUUGUUAAAAAAUUAUUCUUUUCUACAAAAACCCCAGUAAAUCGGUGAUUGCUAAUCAGAGGCGAAUGGAAGCUCUGAUGCAACCUUUCGUUGGAGGUAUUACAAUGGCAUCCCAUUCAGAAUCAGCUGCAGAAAAGGGUGGGUUAAGAUGGGCGGUGAGCCCUACAGAAGAUAUGGUGCAAGCGUUGUUGGAGACUUUAGUUGAUCAUCUUUUGCCUUUGAGAGUCUCUAGUGUACCUCCCUCAGAAGAUGUUCAGAUAACUGUUGCCAAACAGAUGCAUGCAGUUGUUUUGCUGUACAAUUACUACCACAGGAAGCAGAAACAGUAGCUAGUAUUCCUUGAAUUUGUGGAUUUCUGCAAGUUGGCCAUUGUCAUCAGGCCUCCUCUGAUUGCGUUCAUGAAGAUGAUGAAGGAAAGUGAACCGCAGGUGAUGUAUGGUACUGAAGACCGGCUUUCA